AUGGCCAUCGCCGACGAGGCCGCUAUCAAAUCCCGCGGUCACGACAAGGGCGGCGUCAUCGUCCUCAAGGACGGCGACGACGAGGCGCCGCCGCCAGCCAAACCAGUCCGCCAGGGCCACCCCGGGCAGGGGUCCAGCAGAGACGGUGGCGGUGUGAAGAAGGAGGACGACGACGACGACAUCGGAGACUACAUCGCCUUCAACAACUUCUUCAGCCUUAUUUGGAUCCAAGCAUGGGAGAGACUAGCGAGGGAGGAGGCAGAAAUCAUGGACGACGCCGGCCUGGUGCUCGCCGCCGCGUUGACAGGCGCAAUCUUCGUCGUGCUGCUCGUCCUGCUCUUCGUCGUCCUUGUCCGGAGGCGGUGGCUCGACCGCGAGGGCGUGGCGUCCGCCCGCGGCUUCGUCCUGUUCGGCGUCUGCUGCCAGGACGGCACCCAGGGCCGGUUCGUCCGGACGACGUCCCUGGCCAGGAGCCGGCAGCGGGCGGCCCGCGGCGGCGAGGAGGCGGAUGACGAGCCGGACGAGGGCGAGCUCGAGAGGUGGAAGAGGUUGUUCGGUGGGCCCACUAGGUGCCUGUCCACGAUAGAGGAGGCCACGGAGAAGGGCACGUCGACGGUGGCAACGCCGGCGUUCUGCUCGCCGGCAGCGUCGCCCGACCGAAGAGACGCCAGGGGUGGGCAGACGGCGUCUGCCGGCGUGCUGAAAAGUUGA